GCUUCACCUGCAGCACCGUACGACAGUUGCUCCCAUCUGCCCCAUGUGAACCUGCAGUUGAACAGGACCCUUUCGCUUGGUUAGCCUGUAACUCGUGACGCACUUGCGUUGAAUCCGGUCACAUAUCACUUCAAAAAUGGCGCAAACUGCCCCGGCUCCGCGGCCCAAGAGGGUAGAGAGCAAAAAUGUAUCGAUGCGGCCCGUGUACAGUGCCCUGAUUGUAGCGUUGAUCAUCGGAGGCUCCCGGUACAUGAACCAGAAUAUGACUCGCAUCGACUUCACCAACUGGACGGGCGGCUGGGAUAGCAAGGCGCGCGAUGGCAAGCGCCUCACCGUGCUUACCCGCUCCAGUUCCACGGGCGGGCAGUAUUUUGAGGUGAACGUGUUCUGCUCGCCCACCGCGGAGGCCUUCCACAAGGGCAAGCCCUGCAGCGGCCCCAUGCUGAGCCACGACCACCAGACCGUGGAGCUCACAGCACUGAGUGGCAAGGUGGUUUUGUCCAUCAACGGAACUGAGACGGAGCUGGAGCUAGGCCACAAGAUGGUGCUGCGCCCAGGCACGCCGUACCUCUAUUACAACGGCGGCUCGGGACCCAUUGAGGCCAACCUGCGUGUGAGCCCGGGCGCUCCGGAUGAGCGCUACCUGGAGACGCUCAUUGGCCUGGCGCGGCAGAACGAGGGCUUGAGCAAGACCAACCCCAUCCAGCUGUUCCUGGUGUACGCCGACAACGCCAUGACACUGCAUGACAUGCCUCAGAGCGUGUGGAAGAUCGCUCGGGCCGUGGUGAUCCCUCUGGCCAAGGCCAUGGGCUUCCAGUCCCGCUACGACAAGUACACAACCAAGGCCGGCGAGCCGGAGCCCGUGGUGUGGCCGGCGGCGGCGCCAGCAGCCGUGGCAGAGGAGGUGAAGGAGGAGGCAGUCAAGGUGGGGGAGGCGAAGGUGGAGGACGCGAAGGAGGCGGAGCCGGCGCCAGCUGAGGCGGCUGUGGAGGAGGUGGCGGAGGCGGAGCCGGCGGCGGAGGCGGAGCCAGCUGCGGAGGCAGAGGUGGCGGCAGAAGCGGAGCCAGCGGCGGAGGCGGAGGUGGCGGAGGCGGAGGUGGCGGCGGAGGCGGAGGUGGCGGCGGACGCGCCGGAGGUGGCGGCGGAGCUGGAGGUGGCGGCGGGGCUGGAGGUGGCGGCGGAGGGUGACCAGGGGGAGACGGCGUAAAAUAGCGCUCCAGGGGCGCGCCAACCGGACGUCACAAACCUGUGUUGGUGUGGCGUUACUUUGAGAACGGCACAACAUCGUUGCGUGCUAUUUUGCUGCUGGUGUAUCUGCAUUGUUUCGGGAAUCGGUGUUACGUCUAAGCUAGUCACCAAUCAAGCCUGUGUGGAGUGAGCGCGUCCACACGGAUUGCGGGGAACGCGCGCUUGAGGCGCCCUGUGCGGCCGUCCGUGCCGUGAGGUGGCCAUAGACGCUACUGGAGGAGCAGGAGACGGAGCUUGGAGGACUGCUGGGCCGAGCACCGUGCAACCCAGUGUCGGUGACGCUGGGACCUGUAAGCUCGGACGAGC